AUGAAAAACAGUUUGUUAAUUGCGCUGUUUGUGGCAGCGACACUUUCGACUGCAAUGGCGUCUCCACGGCGCGCUCGUAUGGCCAAAUCGGAACACCCCACCACUAUAGCUGAAGAAGUGUCUGCAAUCGAUCCCGAAACCGUAUCACCUUCAACGGAAUUAUCUGUCCAUCCGGUAGAGGAAGUACCGGAAGAUAAAGAGUCUGAAUCACCGAAAGAUCUGCAGGAGCAAAAGAAUGAUGCUGACCCAACAGUAAGCAAUGCGGAUGAUCAUGAUGUUGCUGAAGCGGUAGUGACCGACGGUGAGGAUGAAACUGUUCCAAACCCACCAGCCGACACUGCACCAGCUUUGGAGCAGGGUGAACCGGACGUGGCGGAAGAUAAUCAGCAGCAUAAGCGGCUCGAAACCAACGAAAAAGGGUCGAAAUCAUUACUGAACCUGUUCUUAAACGGAUUGGAUGACAUCAAAACGGCAAUCAAUGAGCUCCAAACAGGCGUUCAAACCUUCUUCAUCCCAACUAAUGUCGAAGCAUCAGUGGCGGAUGCGAUUGUGCAGCAGUUUGUGCACAGUGGGGGAAAACGGCACAACAAACGAUUUCUCAGUCAUUAG